UGGGCGUUGCAACUUGAGCCACGCCUUAAACAAAACUCAGGGAGCAAUGUCUACUACAGAUGCACUUGAUGAAGCCUUGCUCCCUCAUCUCAGGCUGGAACCAACCGAAGAGGUGAUGGCACAAUAUAAAGAAAGAAGACUUCAAGAGGUGAACAGAGCUAGACAAGCAAAGGAAAAGCCAUUCAGCAGACCCACUGUCAAUCAAACCACCAUUGAAACAGACAAUAAGAAAAGACCUGGUAUUCUUAAGAGGAAUUCAGAAAGAUAUGCUCCUCCACUUCCUGAAGAACCAGACCCUAAUUCAGAAGCUAAGUCAUUAGUAAUAAAGAAACUCCACAGCAAUUUGGAGGUUUGGGAAAGGCAGUUGGAAGAAUUGACCAACAAAAAGAAAGAGCAAGAUGAGCUGCAUAAAAGUGAAAUUGAGAAACGAGACAAUGAGAUAACAGGCCUAAAAUCAAACUUGUCUGAAGAAAUGAAACAAAGAACUCAAGCAGAGACAAACAAUAAAGAAUUGUCAGAAAAACUUAAUUUCACUGAAAUGAAAUUAGCUGAACAGACACAUAAUGCUGAACAACUGAGUGUCAAUUUGAUGCAUUAUGAAGCUCUCUAUCAACAAACUGAAGGGCAAAGAAGUGAACUGGAAGAGGAGAAUGGAGAAUUAAUGAGAAAGGUAGCAAUGAUAGAAGAUAUGAAAAGAAGACUCAACGAUCAGGUCACUGACUUGCAGGGUCAAGUAGCUAUACUGGAACGAAGAUCAGCUAUAUGUACUAUACUGUAACAGUACUAUCAUUUACUAAUGCAAUGUGGAGACAGUUUGCAUACACAUGCACUAAUAGUGGAGAUUAUUUUGUUUUGACGUUAUCAACUUUAAUUAAAUUAAAAACAAA